GCCACUUAUAUCCUUGCCGUCCUCAGAAACGAUGUGGAACCAAUUUUCCCGUAUCUCUCUGCAGCAGGAGAUCAUCGUCCUGAGUCAUGCGUUUUCGGAUUAUUACUCAACCUAUCUAGCUUUAUAUCGUUGGCAAUAAUAUAUCUGAGAUAUUCUCUCAUAGCUGUAAUAGUCCGAGAUUCUGACCCGGACUGGAUCAUAGAUGGGGUGAACAUAGCGAGCUUUGUUAUAGGUAUGAUUGGAGGAUCAUCUAUGUUCAUCAUAGCUAACUUUCAGGAGACAGCAGUGAUUGGUUUGCAUUUGUUAGCCGCAUGCGUUUGUUUCGGUUCUGGUUGCAUUUACAUGAUACUGCAGUCAUGGAUUACUGUCAGAAUGUAUCCACUUUUCACAAAUCAGCGCAUCGGAAUAAUUCGCAGUUGUAUAGCAGCGGUAUCAGUCGUUGCGUUUUUUGUUGCUCUUGGCUUUGGCAUCUACGCUGCUCAUGUAUUCCACCAAUACUAUCCCGAUCUUCCUACACCUCGCCCAUGGAAUAGGAAACUUUGGCAACCUGGUUACAAUUACCAUGUUAUAUCGGCCGCUGCUGAAUGGGUUAUGGCAAUCACCCAUGUCUCGUUCAUUCUCUCCUAUGCUCGUGAUUUUGAGAAACUACGCGUUUCAUUGUAUGUCGAGUCCCUGGUGACGCAUCUGGAUCAUAGUCCUAUCCUACGAUCGAUCAACAAUUUGAAUGAGUACUAG